CUUUCUUUAUAUAAUAUGCAAAAAGGAACAGCCAAAAGGCUUCCACUUGUACCUUUAUCACCAUUGAUUCAAACCUCUUGUGAAUAUGCCAAAUCAUUAGCACAUACAACUCAACUCUUAUCGGAAGAACCAUCCGGAACAAGCUCUAUACUUGAGAAAGACCUUGCUCAACAAAGAGAAAAGCUGGAUCAGCUUACGAAAAAUAUGCAAUCGAUCCAGUCCUUGUUCCUGACUGGACUCGACAGCUAUCAAGUAGCUAAAGAAAUAGCAUACAUCAACUGCAAUCUUUUCCGUAUGGUCAUUUUAGACGAGAAAAAACUGUCUAAUUUUGACAAGCAAUCCAACAUCAUACCCUUACUUGAUUUCCAUCGCUAUCUCUCUCAUGCCUUUGCACAUAUGCUCAUCUAUGGUGAUGAUAGCAGUCCCAAAAAAAGCUCCAGUAACAGCAUGGUGGCUCAACUGAUCCAAAUUGCUUAUAUCCUCUUGCAUAUCUACCGCGACUUUUCUGGCUGCGCUGCCAUCAUGACUUGCUUGCAUAUGCCAGAAGUACAGCGACUACAGUUUGUCUGGCACCAAUGCCCUACUAAAUACCUGAAUGUCUACAAAGAAAUUGUGGCUAUUCUUUCACCUUAUAAUCAAUAUGAAGCCUAUCACCAUCAACUUUGGCUACACACAUCUCGAUUUUUAAACACAACGCCCAAUAAAUCACAAAUGAUUGCAGUUCCGUUCAUGCAUGCCCAUCUUGGAAUCAUACGAAAUCUUGUUCAUACUCAGCGAUUGUCUUCACCCUUUGUCAAAGAUGAUGCUGUCGAAGUCAUUCUGUCAGAAUCAAGUCAACAAGCACUGGCUUCUGUCACACGCUUACUAGCAUUCUGUCAACAACAUGCCCAUAUUCAUCCCAUUGAACUAGAGAAAUACUCUACGCCCAUCAUGACCCAUCGUCGGUUAUCUUUCCAGAGUAGUCAGAGAUCAAGUGCUAAGCCCAUCCACAGUAUCAAACUCACUAUUGGGCCAUGUUCUGAACUCGAUGGGCUACGAAGCAGCCCCACCAUCUACCAUUGGCUUGUCUCACGUGCUUAUUUGACAAAAAGUCAGUUACACAGUGAAAGCAUGUAUGUGGCACCUUUGGCUGCUGGUGAAGUUAAUUUGGAAACAGAACAAGAUGAUGAUGAUGAUAUGUAUUGGGAAUUCUUUGAACAAGAAGUACCAACUAAAGUUGUCUCAUCCCAUAGUCUUGCUCCUGCCAAACCACCGAAACAGCUUAAGGAUCAACAAACUGUUGUUGAUGAACUUGUGAUUCAUAAGCCUCCUGAAAUAAACAAACAACAAACAAGUUCAAAGAGCGACAUGAAUGACAAUGGUAAUAGCAAUGAUAACAGAAAUAGUACAAGCAGUAAGAAGAGCACUGUUAGCAAUACAAAAGAAGAUGUAGCAAGAAACACAGAAACAAAAGAUAUGGAUAGCGGAUCAAAAUCGAGCAGAUCCGAAGAUAAUUUUGAAAUUCUUGAAUAUGAACAAAACAAAACAAAAAAUAUGCCAACAAAAACAGAAAACAAUGAAGAGAGCACAGAACAAAAUGCAGACAAGUCUAAAAAACCGUUACUUUCACCUACAGCACCUGAAUUUGUUCCUCAGAAACUACAACGGUCUUUAGAGAAAUUCAAUGAUAAUGAUGAUGACGAUGAUGUGAUUAUCUUGACUGAAGAAGACGAUGAGGAAUGGGCAGGAUAUCCUUUAGAUAGUACACCAUCUCAAACAGUUGCUGACACUGAAGAUGAUGAAGAAUGGACAGGAUACCCUAUCACAAGCAGUCAAGAAGAAGAUGAAGAAGAGGAAGAUGAAGAAGAAGUUUGGAGAGGAUACCCCGUACCACAAGAAGAAGAAGAAGAAGAUGAACAACUUUUACCAAGUCCAAUAUCACCCUUUACUCCAAGAGCAGAUGAAGAAUUAACAGGCCAUUCGAAUGAAGAAUGGAAAGGAUAUCAAAAGACAUUAGAAGAAGCAGCGAAUCCUACAGAAACACAUGUUUGGAACAACAAUGCUAUUGGAAAAGCAGCAGCAAGACGUAUGCAAUAUUCUGUAUCCAAUGUUGAUACACGUAAAAGACUCCCUUCUGUGUUUGCGCCUUCUGCUUCCACUUAAAAUAAAAAUGAUGGAUUAUUAUGUAUUU